GCUACGAGGCACCGAGCAGCGGAGGACAUGUUCCAUAUUCCGGAGAGCGAGGGCGGCCGAGCCAGCUCCAGGGGCAUGAAGCCCCCAGGAGGAGCAUCGAGCGAUCUUUUUGGAAGUCCAGAAGAAGUUGUUCCUUCAAACCGACCCAACAGGAUGGCGUCAAAUAUUUUUGGACCAACUGAAGAACCUCAGAACAUGCCUAAGAGGACCAACCCCCCAGGGGGGAAAGGAAGUGGUAUCUUUGAGGAAUCAGCGCCUGUGCACACUCGACAGCGUCUGAAUCCACCUGGUGGGAAGACCAGUGACAUUUUCGGGUCCCCAGUGACUGCCACUUUACCCUUGGCACAUCCAAACAAACCCAAGGACCAUGUGCUCUUGUGUGAAAGAGAAGACCCAAAAUUGGACCUUCAAGCUGCCAAGAGCACCUUGCCCAGAGAAGAGCCGGGUGAGAAGAGCGGCCCAAGAGAAGACGACUGUGCACAGGAGCCCCAGCCCACAACCACGGUCGACAGCCAUGAACCCAGGCUGGGCCCACGGCCUCGAUCUCACAACAAAGUCUUGAAUCCACCUGGAGGCAAAUCCAGCAUCUCCUUCUACUAGAGAAGCUAUUGCUUCCCCUGUAGCCAAACAAGAAACUCCAGAGAUAGGAUUCAAAUAUAGUUUCCUUUAGCUCAAAGGAACAGGGAUGGGGAGAGGGUCUGUCACAUAUCUGAAGCCACUGCUCAGGCUCCAUUGCCACCACGAGCCAUAGAGGACCUUGCCUUCCAGACUACCGAGAGACAUAUCUUUGUGGGGGGAAAUGUGACUCCUUGGUGAACACUCAUUUAUAAUUCUGGAUGUGAGAGGGACUCUCAGAUGGACUGGGUGGCGAGCUGGUGCAAGGCUAUAGGGAGCCUGAUGAACUGGGUUCUUCCAUGUCCUCAUUGCAUCGGCAAUCUGCCAGCCAAUUGGGUAUCUAGGAAUCACUUCCUACAGUAGCAGAAUUUAAAGCCUUAGACAAUGAAAAACAACCUGUACGUUGGGCAUAAGCCAAAACACUAGUCUCCAUGCUUGAGACUACUGCUGCUAAACCCGAGGCCUUUGCCUUCAGGCACAGUGUAUUCUGCAGUCUUUUCUUGAAACAUUUUGAUUGCUUUCUCUUGGCACCACUCAACAAAAACCAAAAAGUUGUGCUCAGUAGUCUUAUGCUUUAUGGAGAGAUCUUGUGCCCCUAUCCUCUGGGGUGAUCUGCCAUUCACUCACAAGGGACUGCUCUCGGGCUCUUCACAGACUGGUUUUGCUUGUGAAUUGUUUUUUCUCCUCAUCCUUAAGCCUGGGCCUUAGCUCUUCACCAGUAAUGUGGACAGUUCCUUUAUCUGCCAGGCCCACUGACUUCUGCGGGACUAAAACUCUACUCAGAUACGUAAUUGGGUCAUUUAAGUCUUUCAUGUGUUUUACGUUAUUCCUGAUGGCAGUGGGAGGAAGGGGUGCUCGAGAACCCGAGUUCUUAGGUUUGCACUCUUCAAUAGUACCUGAAGAGCUGUUCUUACACACCGGCUUUGCGUAAGUGACUGUUGACUCUGUUCUGUUUCUGGCACCUCUCUAGAAGAAAGUCAGUUGCUCAGGUACACCAAAGAGGAAGAAAAGUUUGCUUAGGCCACCCUUUAUAAAGCUUUGCAGAAUCUCCAGUUUCCAGAAGAAACUUGGAGACCUUAGGCUAGGAGAUUAGUUUGGCAACAAAGCCUCAACUGGCCAAUCCUAUGAUAUUAACCAGCAAAGGUAAUAGCUGGCAUGUGGUGUUGCUUUACUCUGUCAGGCAGCAGUUUCUCCCAUUGAGCCUCCCAAGAGUUAGAGUCUCCAUCAUUUAUGCUGAUUCAUGCUGGACCAUUAGUUAACAGAGGAGAUAGGGUUUGUGUGGUGGUGGCUGUUGGUAUGAGUGCCUGCAGAGCUAAUGCCAGGUGCUAGAAAUGUCUUCAUUAUUAAAAUUGAGAAAAGAAACAGCUGUGUUUAGUUAUAACCACAGUGACUGAGACACUAAGUGCCUGCAGGAGCUGCCUGCCAAACCCCACUUCUUACACCUGGCACAUUGAGGGGAUCUGCAUGUGGCUUUGUCAACAACCAAAGAAUUUUCCUCCUUUCAGUUGUCCUGCUGACUUUGGAGCCAAGGUACCCAUUUCAUGUGACUUUAUCAUCAAGUACUUCCUGUCUCCCUGUUUCAAAUGGUCAUUUUUAAGAAAGUUUGGAAUUCCAAGCAAUUUUCCUCCCGUUAAAAAAUGUCGUAAGUGGUGGUUAGCUUUUAAGCCCAAACACACUAACUUGUUUAACUUACAAUGAAAUGUGCUAAUGGUGGAAAUGAACUGCCAUUUAUAACUACAUUUUGUUUAUUAAUAUACAAGAAAAUAAUCUGAAUUCCAAAUUGGGUUGCUAGGAAGAACCCUGACACUUGUACUGUUAGCCCUUGUGGCUUUGCCCCACCCUCACUGUCUGCCCAAGGAGAGGAAGGACUCAUUCUGUCCACUGGCAGGGAUUCAUGAACUCUUAGCAUCCUGUUACCAACCUCUAAGCUGCAUCGAAAAAUUAGCAGUCUGUAUUUUUAUUAAGCCUUAAAACUUUUUAUGUGCAUUUGGUGCCAACUUUUUUCUAGAGCUGUAUCAAAAACAACAAACCUGUACUCACAUCCCAAUGUAAUUUUGAUAGGAACAUUUUGUUAUUUUUACAAUGCAGAAUUGGAUAUAACAGUUGAAAUAAACUUAGUAAUCAUGUACUCAGA